AUGUGCCAAGUAAACAUGGAUGGGAUGCCCACGGAUCCAGAGUACAAGGAAGAGGAAUUCGUCACGCCAUCAAAGGAGGGUCCAAGCCAUGUGGAGGCUAUCACGUUGCCCCUGCAUUCACGUUGUGUGGCCAAGCUGGGCACGGACGCAUACUUCUGCCAGUGUGAGAGGCCCUUCGUGGAAGACGUCAGUUUGGCUGCCUCCAAUUGUCUCCUUCAGGUAGGCUCCUGCGACUCCAAACUUUGUAUUCAUGGGGCCUGCGUGACCACCGCUAAUCGACGAGGCGUAGCCGUCUGCAUGUGCUACGCUGGAUACGCGGGACCGCAUUGCAAUCAAAAGCUACAUGAUCUUAAAAUCCAAAAUGGCGUCACCAAUCGCAAUGAGUCAAGGCCAAAAUUUACCAUAGUUGAACACAGGGGUAAUGUGGUGGUUGUUGCCAAAUUCGCUCUGCUUGGUGUGUUGCAGGUGGAAGAGUGGAGUGUGUGGUCGUCAUGCAAACCGACUUGUGGACGAUUUCGUACUCGCAGAAGAACGAGGAUCCUGAUUCCGCAGGAGGAAAACAGCCCAUCAGAAACCAUAGGCCAGGUCGAGACGUGUCCACCAAGACUGGGCAAGGACUGUCCGAUGACAAUUCUGCUAGAGGAGAACUACACGGAAAUAGGGGUGGAGGAAAAGCCCUUCUCCUUCAGCAGCCUCUUUGAUACCUCGAACCCAGACUUGAUGAAAUUGCAGGCAUUCGCUGCUGCCUGCGCCGUCCUCCUAAUCGCUUUCAUCCAGAUCCUGCGAUGUAUUCCGGAGGGCGACUCACUCGUGCAGGCAGACUAUCAGAUACCCGCUCACGUAACUCCUCCUCUCACCUCAAUGACCUGCUCCUCUGCUUACUUCCUUGUUUUAACCGCAUCUCUCAUCGCCUUCAAAACUCAUUCUGUUCAAUGUUCCGAUGUGCUUGAGAGGACAUGGUCUCAACAGCUUUAUCAGUCGCUUAUUCCGCUUCGAGAAGUCAUGGCAACGGAGUAUUUGAGUAGAAUGUACAAUGGAAGUACCUUCGGCGUGCAGGAGAUGACAGACACCUACGCUCGCAAACUGAUCGACGACGCUAUUGUAGAGCUAUCUCAAAUGAUUCGCAAGAAAGAAAAGGCUCUUGAGAAACUUCGUGACAGCAUCGAGGAUGAGUACAAGAGACAAGAGCCGCUGGAAUACGACGAGUGCUACAUCCGUGCCAAGUCGGUUAGCCUAUUCCCCUAUCCCAUGGACGAGAACGGGACCAAUGUUGUUCCCUGCAACGAGUCGCAGUACCUACCUCUGGAGGCUGAUCCACUUUUUGGGAAUAUCUACGUCAGCCGGAAUAUCUCUGCUGCCCACGUCCCCACAAAUGUCUACGACCUCUGCACGUGCUCAUACAUUCUUCAGUCAGCUAGAUGCAAAGUUUAUGAAUUGUCAAAAGAGAUUCGAACGGUGGGCAACUGGACGCACCACCUGGACGAGGUGUUCAAGAAGAAUAUUGAAGACGACCCACUUCUAAAGUGGCAAUACUUUUGCAGCUCUACUGGUUUCUUCAAGUUCUAUCCUGGUAGCUCUGUUUCUAUAUUCUAUCGUCCGCCUCUUUGGGUGCAAGCUACAUUUCCUACCUGUUCUACUGUAGGUGCUAUGUGGGAGGUUCAGCUCGCCGACUUAAAACUGGACUUUUUCGAUUGUCGUUCCACUGCCUGGUACGUUGGAGCAGCCUCUUACCCAGUAGAGAUGAUCAUCCUCGCGGACAAAAGUGGCAGCAUGAAGGGACGUCGAAAUACAAUUUGUAAUGCCACCAUCUCCGAAUUGCUGAACACCCUCACAGACGAUGACUUCUUUAAUGUGAUUUAUUUCUCAGAAUCCAUAAAGUACGCAGAGGAGCACGUGAAGGAUCGUCUGAUACAAGCCACGAGACCGAACAAGGAUCGAAUAGUGCGUGGAUUCGGGGAUCAUAUGCCUAACGGGACGUCAAAUUUCAGGACGGCUCUAGUGGAGGCCUUCACACUGCUCAACAUCUCCAAUAAUGGAACUGGAAUAAAUCGCUGCAACAAGAUGAUCAUCCUUAUAACCGAUGGGGUGCCCGAUGACUUUGAUGAUGUGUUUCAACAAUACAACCCCGAAAAAAACGUCCGCGUUUUCACAUUUCUUAUUGGUCAACAUUCGGCCGACGAGAGCAUUGUCCAGAGAAUUGCUUGCAACAAUCGUGGUAUGGAAGCCAACAUAGCUAACUUGGCCGACGUCAAAGAGAACGUGCUGAAGUACAUUGACAUUGUGGCCAGAUCAAACGCCAUCUUGGACGAUUCGUUUGUUCGAUGGAGUGGAGUCACCAAACUUCAACUGAAUCUAAUGAAACUCACUCCAGAGAAUUUCACUUCCCCACCCGAACCAACAUCAAAUGCAACCUCUGCCGAUAACAUGACAGGCGUAGAGGAGGUGAUGCAAGGGGACGAUGCAGGCUCCAGCAAUAUGCUCCUACCUCCGUUGAAACCAUUCAAGACAAUGGAUUCGCAAUUCUUCGUCACACUAUCUCGAGCCGCCUAUGACAAAACCAAUGCCAGCAUUGAAAACAACCAAGGAAUUAUUCUCGGAGUUACUGGACUCGACAUUCCGAUGGAUGACAUUCAAGAUGUUCUCAGGAGUUGGAAGACAGGACCUCUUUCAUACUUCUUCGGCUUGACAAACAACGGAUUUGUACUGUUCCAUCCCAACUACCGACCGAUGCAUGGGACUCAAUUGAAACGAUACUACCGACAUGUCGAUAUAGAUGAGGUGGAGCAACCGCUCGGAUUUGCGCUAGAUCCACUCUCGGGUCUACCGAUGACGAAGAAAGUAUUCACAUCACCUCUUCCAGACACACCCUUUACCUUUGGCCUGGCCGUAAGAUGGGUAGAGGAGGCCAACCGUGGAUUUCCCAUUCCUAAAUACGACACUUCGAAAUUUUGGCGUCAAGGCACGAUUCGUGAUACAAUGAUGCUGAACCCUCAGUUCAUAAACCCAGCCAAGUCUUGUGAGCGCAACAAGACACUGCGUUCCGGAGCAAUGCUGGCCCCUCUAAGUUUCUGCAAAUUCCGAAGAGAGCUUUUACGUGUAUUUAUGGACGAUCCACUCUGCAUCUUGAGAAAUGUCGUCAUUGACAACAAUCUGAGGAACGAAAAUGAGUGUGAUAUGGAUCACAUAGCAAGGAUCGUCAUGGAUGCAAAAGCAACAGCAAGCGUUCAUGAUUACUGGCAGGGGAAGGUGGACAAUUCAACCAUUCAAAGGUUCGACAUCCAACGGGCCUUCAGUGUGCAUCAUUCUGGCCUCCUGCGUUACUUCAGUUUCUCCGAAUCGCCCUACGAGGGAUUUCUGGAGGAAAUUAACAAGGGGUCCGAGAGUUCCUUCUACAAAUAUACUAUUCUUCAUUCAACCUUCUACGAAAACAUGAAAAUGCUAGUAUUUAGACCGCCUUUGAAGCAAGUAUUUAGGAAUUUUCUGGAGAAGAACAUCUCCGUUCCCAUGGUGGUUUCGGGCGUUAUCAGUAAUCCAGCCUCCGAGGCCGUUGCAAUGGGGAUUGCUGGGGUGCAAUUUAGUUAUCAAAAGUUGAAUAGCAUUUUUUUCACGCUGGUCAAUAGCUGCGACUCCAGUGAUUGUUUAAGAUGCGAUGAGCCGGGUGUACAGUGCUUCCUCACAACCACUGCAGGACAGAUUGUUCUUUCCACGGCUGGAGAAAAGGCGGUGAGUCAAAACUUGAAGGAACUGGAUUGUGCUUUAAUGGAGGCUCUUGUCGCAGCGAAUGUUGUAACCGAACGCGAGGUUUACGACUUCCAGGCCAUUUGCAUUGAGGCUGUUGCACCAGAUCUGAACUACGCCUCUCGAUUGUUCUCACCCAUCGCAUUUAUCCUUAAAUGCCUCGGACACGCUCUCAAGGAAUUCCUUUUAGUUGUCGCAAAUUGGUGGUUUAUUGGACUAAGGGCGGCGGCUCAAGGAGUAUGGGACUCAAUGCCACCCACUCAAGGCGAGUUCGUUCACCUCAACGACCCCAUUUCCCCUCCAGACACAUCGCCUUUCAACUUCCGAGAUGGAGAUGAUCACCUCGGUUACGUACACCGUGGCUCAGUAGAUUUUCCCCUUCCUAGUCGUACAAGCAGCCUCGACGGUCCAUUUUAUCGUGACUACGAGGUGCUGAAACCCUUCGAGUCUCCACAGACUUCACUCACAGAACCUCCAACUGACUCACUUCCAGACGUGGAGGUCUCAGUAGCUCCCUCCAAUGGCGAGACCACUCCGGACCUUCCCCUUUUCUACGAGACUGCACAGUUCUAUUCCCAGAAAAACUACUUCUUUGAAGAUCCCGAGGAUCCCUGGCUGAUGCAACAGCAGGCCUUUUCAGAGUUGAACAUGUGCUACGCCAGUGAACCCACUCUGAAUCCACCACCACCACAAUCUUCACUACUACCGUCGCGCCUCUUUAACGGCUCCAUGAACGAGACAUUGGAACUAAUUGAUCUCACCCAGGCUGUGACUACGGGAGAGCCCCUACAGAUUCUGUCAGGCAACGUGACUCUGGUAAACGAGACGGUACAACCGAAUAUCACGAAGACGACGGCGAUUCCUCCACGAAAAGUGAACGCCAUCCCAGGCACAUUGCUGCGAUGUGUGCAGCGGAUUGUGCAAAUGCGAUGUCAUGCGGCGGUGCACAGUAACAAUCAAAUUGGACGACAGGGCUGUGAGGUGAUGUGCGACGCGGUGCGACAGCGGAUGCCGCAGUUAACAGAAUUUCUACACGACUGCCGACAGCCGUUGGAUUCGUGCACACAACGUCACAGCAUAUUCUACCUUAACAAGGAGGCACAUGCUGGAAGGGGGCAGCAAACUUCAUAUGGAUAUGGCGGUAGAGGUGCUAAUGCAUCACCCAAACUUCGUUCUGGUAUUUAUUGCCCAGCCUGUGGGAACAUUGACUGGGUCGUGGCCUCCAUACCGAACACGAACCUACUUCUCAUAAUGACGGUGAAACCAGUGGGCAAGCCUUCGAUCAACUGCAUCUGCGAAUGCAAACGGCGCUACCGCUAUGGCGCACAGCUGAAAGAUAUCCUUUUUACUUGGAAAAUCCGCAAGCAUUUAGCAUAG